CCACGUGUCAGCUACUCAUUCGCUUACAUUUGCAGCCAUCUUUUCCGACAGUGACUAUUCGUACCCUGUGCCCACUUUUACUCCAAACAUCCAUCUACAGCCAGCUUAAACGGCUAGUUUUUUAAUUUAAAUUUUCCUAUUGUGGACCCUACUCGUCCUACAUGUCCUUCUAAAUCCAACGUGGCUCUGACAUGUCCAUUACCAUACACAACAUACUUCUCUCACCACCCUGCUAUAAAACCACCCCACACCUCUUCCCUUCUUCACUCAUCAGUUCUCUGCAAAUCAACAGAACCUUCUUAUCUCUCUCUCUUUCAUGGCGUUUUCUUCCUCUUCGUCUUUAAUCACUCUCGCAUUGCUGCUUUCACUGUCUGUUUGCUCUGUGACUUCGACUUCAAAGUUUGAUGAGCUGUUUCAGCCUUACUGGGCUGCUGAUCAUUUCUCGUUUGAUGGAGAUACUGUGAACAUGAAGCUUGAUAACUUUUCCGGAGCUGGAUUUUCAUCAAAGUCGAAGUACAUGUUUGGGAAAGUAAACGUUCAGAUCAAGCUUGUUGAAGGUGAUUCCGCCGGAACAGUCACUGCAUUCUAUAUGUCAUCAGAUGGCGCUAAACACCACGAGUUUGAUUUCGAGUUCCUCGGGAACACCACCGGAGAGCCUUAUAUUGUUCAGACAAAUGUGUACGUCAAUGGCGUCGGCAACCGUGAACAGAGACUGAAUCUCUGGUUCGAUCCAACCAAAGACUUCCAUGCUUACUCAAUCCUCUGGAACCAGCGCCAAGUUGUGUUUUUGGUUGAUGAAACCCCGAUUAGAGUUCACAGUAAUUUGGAGCACAAGGGUAUCCCGUUCCCUAAAGACCAAGCGAUGGGUGUGUACAGCUCAAUUUGGAAUGCUGACGACUGGGCGACACAAGGUGGUCGGGUUAAAACUGACUGGACCCAUGCUCCGUUUGUCGCUUCCUACCGGUCAUUUGAGAUCAAUGGUUGUGAAUGUCCGGUGUCCACGGCGGAUUCCGAUAACGCAAAGCGGUGUGCUAGCAGCGGCGGUUGGUGGGAUCAACCAAUAUUGUCGGAGUUGAAUGUGCAUCAAAGCCACCAGCUGAUUUGGGUGAGGGCGAACCAUAUGAUUUAUGACUACUGCAGUGACGCCGGCAGGUUUCCGUCGGUGCCGGUGGAAUGCGAGCACCACCGUCACUAGUGGGGAAGUGGGAUGGGGAUGAAAUGUUUGUAAAAAUGAAUGAAAACAUGAACUUCAUGUUGCAUAUUUUGUUAAUGUAAGGUUAUUAUUGACUUUUUAGGCAAUGUUAAUUUAUUUAUUUUCUAUUAAGGAAAGUCACUUUCACAAAGCUACGAUAAUUGAUGGUGUUCUGAAAACAUGUGUUAAUUGGGUUUUGGAUUUUUGUUAAUUAAUUCGGUCACGGG